UUAUAGUUCACUCGUGACGACAACAUCCAUCUAUCAUCCAUAGCCAUGCCUCGCAAGUUCUUCGUCGGAGGAAACUUCAAGAUGAACGGUCUUCUGGCCGACAUCGACCGUAUCGUCGACCACCUCAAUGCCUCUCACCUCGACCCCAACACCGAGGUGCUCAUCUCCCCUCCCGCCAUCUACCUCCUCCACGUCAGGGACAGGGUCAAAAAGGGCAUCGAGGUCGCUGCCCAGAACUGCUAUAGCGAGAAACAGGGCGCGUUCACCGGGGAGAUCAGCCCGCUGCAGAUCGCCGAUUCCCGUAUUCCGUGGGUCAUCAUCGGCCACUCGGAGCGCCGCACGCUUUUUGGAGACCACGACCACGUCGUUGCUGAGAAGGUCAAGGCUGCACUUGAGGAAGGGCUCAAUAUUAUUCUCUGUGUGGGGGAGACGCUCGAGCAGCGCGAGAAGGGGGAGACGCUCAAGGUUGUCGAGCACCAGCUUGACUGCGUUAAGAAAGAGGUGCCCGCGUGGGCCGAAGUGGCAGACCGCAUCGUCAUCGCUUACGAGCCCGUCUGGGCCAUCGGCACCGGCAGGGUAGCCACCGCUUCCCAAGCGCAAGAAGUGCACUCCGACACGCGCACAUGGCUCGCCUCCCGCGUGGGGAAAGAAGCAGCAGAGAACACGCGUAUCAUUUACGGGGGAAGCGUGAGCGCGAAGAACUGCCAAGAGCUCGCAACCCAGCCAGACCUGGACGGCUUCCUCGUCGGCGGCGCCUCGCUCAAGCCCGAAUUCGUAGAUAUCAUCAACAGCCAUCUGAAGAAAUGACCGUCUUGCAAGCUCUGACGUGCCUAGCAAGGAACAGGCACAAGUUGCCCGAAAGGGUCGGGUGAUCUCGCUUGGCCGAGAAUGAAAUGUAAUGUUGCAUCAAUAGAAUAAGCCCAAGCGGGACCCGGGAAUGAAAAGCU